UCCCGUGGGUCGGCACUUGGCUCUAGGAUGCGAAGUAGGCCGCCCGCUUCCUGUGCAUGAUGGUGUCCAUCUUUUUGGUGUGAGUCGAUUUCAUGCAUUGCAAUGAUCUUCCUAGCAAGGAUAUCCUGAACUCAAACCUCACUGGGGUCAGCACACCAGCUCUGUCUCUGUCACUCAAGUAUGCACCCGUGGAGGCGGAAUGGGUUUCAAUCAAGCGUAGUGAAAUUGCGGCCGAGAAAGACACGCCGAGAUCCCAUUUUGAUGCACUUAGUCGAGACAUGCAGAGGAAUUGUACAAUUGUUUCUGUAAAGGGGGUUGGUUACUUUAAAAAUGGUCCUGGAACCUCCCGUCCCACCGCCGCCAAACUGUCCAAGGAAACCGGAUCUCCUCCAUCUGUUAUCUCUCUCAUACACCCACCACCCGGUGGAUUUCAUGGUCCUAUUCUGGCUUCUUCUGUCGUUUUGGCUGGCGAAAGCUGCGGCGCGUACAUCACCUUCCAUGGCCAGACCUUCGCUCCUGUUCCCAUUCCUGCUGGCGCCACGUUCCUCAAUCCACAAGCCGAUCUAGCUUCAUGCCUCCCGAGCUGGAAUGAAAAUCGCGAAUUUGACAUCUGGAGCGAGUCUGCGCUAUAUGUGAAGCCAGGCUUCCCUGUCGACGCCAUCUGGCCAAGCAAUCCACCACGCGAGGAACUCUAUUGUGGAGCGUCAUUCUUUGCACAUCCGAUGGUGAGUCCUUGUACCACUAAGUCAUGGGUAGAUUCGCCACCGUUGUGGUUUGGUGUGGGCCAGGAGCGACUGGCCGAUUCAGCAAUGGUAGUCGCACAGACGGCGGCGAGCGACGGUGUGUGUGCGUUUUGUGGGAUCAGUACGAAGCAAUGCCACAUUGUUGGCCAUUCAUCGUGCUAAGAUGCCGCAUUCGGUACACGUAUUUGAGCGUUGGGACCUCGCUUGCAGGGUUAUGGUGGAACAGGAUGAUUUAAGGAGCAGAGGAAGCUGAUUCGAUGUUGAUGAGUUCAGAGAAAGCUCACGAGAC